UGAAGGCGUCUGCCUUGGCUUUGUGGUCUGGCGGUGACUCAGUGUUCGCCAUUGUCGGCUGGCUGUCACGUAGGUACAUGUACAGGGUUACAAGCUCACCAUGCCGACCUGUUUCUACAACGCACUGCGGAUAUUCGGCGGCAUCAUGGUCGUGUUUGGCCUGGUCGUCAUCUGCAUACAGUUGCUGUCCGAGUGUUACGACAGACACUUCUGUCAGAGAGACCGAGUCCCGUUCGAAGGCAUCGGCUGCGUCAUGGUCGGGGUGGUGGCGUUCGGCAGCAGCUUCCUGCUGCUGUGGUGCCGCGGGAAGAAGGAGCACGAGUUGAGGGUCGAGGAUAAGAUCGAGCCGAAGGUCCACUACACGAGGGCGUCGCCUGGCUACAACACCGAGUCGGCGCGCCAGUCCGCUGACGCGACGCCCUGCAACACGCCCACCUCACCGGAAGUCGGGACUCUGGACACGAAAUUACUCUGUGAAAAGCUCGACUGUGUCGCCAUGGAACGGGAGUGCAGGAAUGAAGGCCAUUGCUCGUCAGAGGUUGACCAUCCACAUCUGUCCUUGAAUGCAUUCCAACAACAACUCAGCCGCCUGACGCCCUCACCCCACCACAACAACAUGGACUCUCUCCGCAAGAUACGUCAGGACUAUUCCGUCAUCGUCGACGAGACGGUUCGGCGUCCCUCCCACACACCUUCCGUCUCCUCUAACGUCUCCAAGACGUUUAAGAAGCCACCUGCAGGCACAGCCAGCUCGUCAAGAAGAUCGUCUUUGACAGGGAGUCAGAAAUAUUGUGUCUCCCUGGUGCCAUAUUCCGGCAGUUCUGAAUCCCUGUACAGUGAGGAGGAGGAGGAAUACGAUGAUAGGACGGCGCUGCUAACACGUGAUAGCAGUAAGUCACUGCUUACAGCCGAUGGUUACACUGAGGAAAGCAGUCGUCGCGGGUAUUUCUUUUUCCCAGCGGCAAGGGAGGCACGGAGAGACACAUGGGGGAACAGGGGAACGUUCAAGAAAACCCCCGCGUUCCACAACCGCUGGGAACAGUCUGAACUCAGCCCGCGGCCGCAGCUAGUGCAGCUUUACUCGUCUGAGGAAGACCUACACUGCGUACAGACAACACGUCAUGAAGAAAACCACCACAUGGGGUCCAUGCCGAACAACUGCAGGCCUGCUUCUCGGAAGCCAGACUGGUCGACGUCUUUUGAACACGUACAAAGUGCCUGUGAGUACGAAUCGGCCCUGAGCCGAGCUUUUGACCAAGCUUGCGCGUGUGAAGACUGUAGAGUCAGUCGCAGCCAACCUACAGUGGUGCAGAAUGACGGGUACUCUUCUGAUGAGGAGCGUUCUGAAUUUGGGGACAGCGAGUAUGAAAUGGAACUGUCCUCCGCGAGGUCAAUAGGUAAGAGACCUAAGACUCCAUUCGUGGGCCGAAAACAUGGCUUCUUCGUCUCUUCUGAUGAGGAAUACAUACCGUCCGGAAAGUCUGCCUCUGAUCGCGAUUCACCAACUAACCGUACCGCCAAUAGCUCUGCGGCUGAAGACUUGAGAAGUGGAAAAACAAAAAUGGUGGCGCCCAUGGCCAAAAUGACUGAUAAAGGUCACCGAAAUUUCGAUGACGUGUCUCGGCGAAGCCGGUCAAACUCCAUGGGUACUUCGAUGGUUUCUCACACACCGCAAACCGACAAACAUCUAGACCCUGAUGAUGAUACAUUCGCUUCGCAACGGAAGAGAUCGCGAUCUUUGGAUUCAAAACAGAUCAAGCGGGAUUCUACGACGGCUAAAGCUAAACAGGCCCGAUCAAGGUUAAGACCAGGGUCGCCGAGCCGUCUUGUACGACAGCAAAGUAUGAGGGUCCCUUCAGCUGAGGAACACUCAAACUAUGAAUCCAUGCUUAGCGUACCGCAGAAUUCAAAAUAUCUUUCGGUCCCAGCCCCAGUAUAUCCAACAAAAGGGAAAAAGUCUCAAAAUGCUGAUGGGAGACCUAAGCGAACAAAAGACGCGAAGCCACAACCCAAGUCACUCGACUCGGCGACCUUGACAUUACGGCGUUCAGCUGGGCACCUGUGUUCGAACAGAUCCCUGUACAGCAGCUGUCCCGACCUGGGCUGCUCAUCGCUGUCCAUACACAACCUUGCAGAGAAAGCAAGAGACAGGUUUGGGGCAGAAGAAGGGAAUGGUGAGUCUAAAUUCGACAGGCAUGUUGAAGAGUGGUGCGCUCGCUACCUUCCCGAGAAUAGCAAAAACAAGAAGCAACAGGUUUCCACAGAUGAGGCCGACAAGACACUGACAGAUCUCGAAGUCAACAAACGCCCACCGAAAGACGAGGUAGACGGCAAUGUCAGAAGAACCAACGACAAAGUCGACCAUCGACACAACGAGCGUCAUCCGACAAAGCAACCAGCACAGAGCAAACCUGUAGAACACAACGGAAGGUUGGAUGUAGAGACGCAGAAAAACACUGAGCGUUCGGAAAGGACGUCAAACCCUGGCAGUCCCUCUCCACGACACAGGCUGAAGAGGUCGAACACUAAUCACAGAGACGUUGGCCACGGACAAACUUUAAAACCCAACAGCAUUCAACGCGAACAGAGCGGCGGCUCGACUCAAAAACUGUACGAACGCAAACGCACCGGGGAUCAAAACGACGGCAGAAGGUCACAUAGAACACACGUGCAUGAUCACAACAACAGUGGACACGGUGCUAGGGUUCCAAAGAACAGGCACAACCGCUCUUAUUCAAAAGACAGGCCAAGAAACAAAGGGGGAAAUUCUUACGACGGAGAUGUGGAGACUAAUUCAAACGGUCACCGUGAACAUAUUCCUAAGGAAAAUGCAGAAAAACAUGUGCACCACCCCAGCAAACUCCGCCAGGCGGUAGACCGACAUCGUGACCGCGCUCACCAAAUGGUGGACCGAAACAAGGAACGUGCUCAUCACAUCAAGGACCGAAUCGACAGUUCAGCACAACACAUCGUUGAACGCCACAGAGAACGCAGACAUCACAUCAAGGAUCGGCUGGACAGAAAAAGAGAGCGAGCUCAUGACCGUGCGCAUCAGCUGAAGGAUAGAGUCAAGGGGCACUCUCACUCACACUCCAAGGGCCGAAAUAACCGCUCAAACAGCCAACCAACCAGCAUCUCGCACACUACUAAACAAAAAAGGUAACAAGACGUCACAAAUUUUCUUUAUAUAAAUCGAAGUAAAUUUUGCAAUUAUAGGCCCUUUGUUUUGGUUUGGAGCACGCAGCUCCAUACGUUAGCCAUGGACCUUCCAGCUAACGUGUCUACAACCCCGAGCGCUCACGAAAACGAUACCUCGUCCCUCGCCGUUCUCCCCGAAGCCUCCCAAGCGGAGGUCGUCACAGAAGUCCUGGUUCUCCUCCUGAUCUUCGCCCUGACUCUGGUGGGGAACGUGGCGCUGUGGAUCGUGGUGCUGAGGAACGGAGACCUCCGCAAGGCGUCUAACUACUUCAUCCUGUGCCUGAGCGGGGCGGACAUCCUGGUCAUCGCGCUGAACCUGCCCUUCACCGUGACGGCGGUCCUGCAGGCCGGCUGGCACCUCGGCGACACCUUCUGUCAGGUCCUCGGCUUCUUCAACAUGGUGACGUUUGUCACAAGCACCACGUCUCUGGCUGCCAUCAGUGUCAACAGGUAUUUCAUGAUUGUUCAUCCGGUGAAAUACACAAAGAUCUACACACCGGUAAACACUGCAGUCAUCAUCACAGGUGUCUGGGUGUUUUCUAUCGGUUGUUCGCUGCCUCCGCUGUUCGGCUGGGCGAAGUACAGCUUCAUGGCGGACCAGUCGUUCUGUUUCUGCUCGUGGGCGGACCACCCCGGCUACACCGUCUUCAUGUUCACCAUGGGUUUCUGCCUGCCCAGCACGGCCAUGACGGGCUGUUACGUCGGCAUCUGGCGAAGGUACAAGAAAAACCGGCGCAAGUUGGGCGGAUCGCCGACGAGAAACCAGCGGCGGCAGAGUCAGGAAGCGACCCUAGACAAGUCAGUCACUUCCCUGACCCCCAAAAGUACAAGUCGCUGUUCCAUAAGAUCUCCGCAACAGUCCUCACACGAAACAACAAAGCCACCAAAAACCACGCAGACCGUCGUUUUCUUCAACAACCACGAAACAAGCACCUGUUGGUACUCCACAAGGCAAGGCGUUGCUGGCAACACCAACACAGAUACCACCCGAGAAGGCAACGCCAACGGUUGUCCUGCUGAUGACACAUUCAAAGACAGACAGUCAGACGGUUGCAUUGAAGUAGCGAUCUCAUGCGACAGUUCCUCGGAUAGAAAAGACAGUGGUGACCGGAAGCCCAUCGGGACCAAGCCUCGAGCGAUAGAAAACGAAGUUUCGCCGCUGAACGAGAAGAAAAGCGCGCGGCCGAACCGGAAGCACGGAGCCGUGGCGUUCGACUGCGACCUGACCAUCACAGUGAACAGUCCGAAAGACGACGAGGUUCCAGCCGGGGACAGGGCGGACGAAGACGACUCGGAGAUGGCGGCAAACUCCUGCGACAGACACCGCAAUCGUCUACGUAACAGAAUAAAGAAGAGGCAGCGGAAGGAGGAGGCUGCCCUGACCCGGUCCCUGCUGGUGGUGAUCCUGGUGUUCAUGGUGUGCUGGUCUCCCUACGCCAUCACCACCAUGGGACAGGUCAUCGGCUCCAUGCACGUGCCCAGGGCGGUGAAGGUGGUGUCCCUGGUGCUGGGGUACUUCAACAGCUGCUGCAACCCGCUGGUGUACGGGCUCAUGAACAAGAGAUUCCGGGACGGGUUCGCCAGGCUGUUCCGUCUCAACUGCGGGAGGAACGCGGCCUAGGGCAGCAAUCUGUUGUUCCACACAUACUGU